AUGGAGUGGGCUCGGUCGCAGGCUCUAUCUGCGCCGAAAUCACCUCGCCAACAAGCGCGUUCUGAACGGUUGAGUCGAGAUUUUGUCUUCCCGUGGAAGGCUAAUGUGCCCCAGGUUGAGACUGGACCUGGAACGUGGGAUAGUCUGCUCGAACCAAAUCCCACGCAGGAGCUUAUGACCUGGGAGCCAGCCAAAGUGCAUCUGUACGGGUCGUUGUUGGACUAUGAUUUAAUUCCGCUCGGUUCCAGUGAUAACGAGGUCCCCCAGGAAGAAAUGCAGGCGGAAUUGUCCGACACUUUGACGUCCGCACGAUCUGUGUCCGAUUUCCUGCCAUUAGACUUCUCCAGUGCCUCAGACUUCUCUACCCAGAAUCCCUCUGACCUCGAACUUGAUCCGAUGUACCAUCAGACGUGGCUGGCCUCCCAGGCUUUUCAGACGCCUCAGAUGUCCAGCAGCCUCCAAUCUGCCUCAUCCAAAAGUCCCUGGCGGCUGAGUGACCCCGCCUGGAUGUCCUUCAACCAGCAAAGCUCCCGCUGGAACAGCCCCCAAAGCUCGCUCUCCCCAUUUUCCAUCGACCAACAAAUGUUCGCCACAUCCAACUACCAGCUGACCUCAGAAAACCUGCUCCAAAUCUACCACGACGUGCUAGAGCACAACCUAUCGUGCUGGUUGACCGAGAUGACCUGUCCCUACCAACCGGGUUCGCGAAAUACCACCCACGUCGUGCCCGAAUGGGGUUCAUCGUGGUCCAACAGGAUAUACCAGCGCACGAUCAAGCUCGAUCGCGUCGCACAGUCUUGUAAGCUCUUGCAACUGACACGCUCCGAGGACCAGGCCGCGUCCAAGGCUUUACACCUUGCCAUCAUGGCGUUUGCUACACAGUGGGCUCAGGGAAGUCGUCGGCACCGCGAGAAAUAUGCAACCAUGUCACUCGAUAAUGGCGAGGACGAAAUUGCAGAUUGCAUCGUCGACGACUUCGACCGCCUCCUCCAGCACCACUUUUGGGACCAGGCGCAUCGCGCACUACAACAAGUCGCCGAUCUGGAGUCGUACAGAGUGGCUUGCGCCGAGGUGAUCUUUGAUAUAAAGAAAGGAUCUCAAGGCCGCAAGUUUGCCACGGACUCGGUCUUGUCAGAGUUACGUGAUAUAAUACGCAAGGAAGGGCCACCGAUAUACAUGGAGAGCGCAGCUCGAAAAAUGCACGCAUUAAAGUAUCGCCGUGACAUGCUCGAAAAGGGCCUCGGCCAGCACUGCGGCAGUCGAGAGAGGGGCGCACACGGCGUUACAGCCAUGAGUUCCGAGGAUCGAGCGACGAUCGGCCUGCUCUACUGGCUGGCCAUCAUGUUUGAUACCGUCUCCUCGUCCAUGAACGAACGGCCCGUCGUGGUACUGGAUGAGGACUGCCAGCACGAAGCGCAGAAAGAGACCCAGCAAGCUGCGCAUAUGGACAAGUCUCUCGCACGAAGCGGAUGGGAUCUCGACCUUUUCGUGCAAGGAAGCCUCGAGGAGACGCAUCAAACGCACUGGCCCUGCUCAUACGAGGCCGCCGCCGAGGAUGUCAUCAAGUCAGCGCCUGUCAAAGUCCUUCUCUUCCGCCACCUCUCGUACCUACAAAACGCUAUCCGCAAGAGCGCUCAUGAAGAGCAGAUCGAAGACAUCAUCCGCAGCACGACAUUGCUGUAUCAAUACUGGAACAAGACGCACGGUGCCUUCUUCGGGGAACUCGUACGGAACUACAGUGCGGUUCCGCAGCGCAUACAGGGCUGGUUUGUCUGUAUCUCUGCGCACUGGCACCUCGCCGCACUGAUGCUUGUGGAUCUAUUUGAAUUUGUCGACGAGAAGGCCUUGGGUUUGAAAGAUGUAGCUCGCAGUCGUACCGCGAGUCAAACGGUCAGGAGAAUUAGAAAGCAUAGCGCCACGGAGUUAUCAGAUCUGGCAAGAGUCGCUACCCCAUCUACCAGAGAUGCCAACCUGGGUGUGCCGCAGAUGCCGGACUUUCACCACGCUGUCAAUGAGGGAACACUCCUGACCGAGCCAUGGACGAUGAUACUCAUUAGGGCGUUCACAAAAGCUUGCAUGAUCUUCUUAGGUGAAGCAGAUGAGUCCUUGCGCUAUGCCGGAAAUACUCUCGGGCACAAUAGUCAUGAUUUCGAUCAGAAUAUGGAGCAGGCGGAAGAUUGUAUGAAGGGGCUGUGGCUGCUAGGUAAAAAGUCGGAUAUGGCACGGAAGAUUGCUGAGACGCUUUCACUCGCGUUGGGAGAAUUGCGGGAUGAGUGUGCGGUCUGUUGGACAGCUGGAUAG